GAACAGGCUGGGAAGAUAUAAGUAAAAAGUAUUACCAUUUCUCAUACAUAGAAGAGCUUCUGUAAAAGCAGAGACCAAAUUUUGCUGUUAGAUUCACACACAGAAGAAACACAAGUAGUUCCUAUGUAUACAUAUGUUUUAUACAAACAGAGAGACCAAACAGUAAUUAUGGUAUAGAUUAAGAAAAGGGGUUACUUUUAGUUUUGUCAAAACUAAAGACAGCUGUUGGGUUUAAUGCUACUCUCUUUUCCGUUAAGCUUCACUUAGGGUUUUAUUUCUUCCCAGACAGGAUUUGACCUUUUCCUUGCCGGAAAGACUGCAGUUAAGAUUGUUCUGGCGAGGGGACAUUAAACAAUUGGAAAGAAACUAAGCUAGCCUUGUACAUGAAUUCUCGGUAGAUUUGCUAUGCAAAAUAUGACUCUCGAGGACUUUUUUACAUUGACCGAGAUGAAAAAUGGGUUGUCAGCUCCUGCUCGAAUGAAGGAGCUGAUAAAUGUAAUGCAAAAGGACAAACACAAUAUAGUGAAGAAUGUCGGUGAUGCAAGUAGACAGUGGUAUACUGUUGCAAGAACUAUAGCAACUACUGAUAGUAAGGAUUGUCUUGCUCUCUUUAUCCAGUUAGACGGACUCUGUUAUUUUGAUACUUGGCUUAAAGAUGGGCAGAAGUAUUAUAAAGAAACAGGUGAUAGCUUUGUCGAAGAAUUACUUGCUACAUUGUUAGUAGCAACUGGGAAGCUGCAUAUAGACGAGCAGAAGUCAGUUACUUCUGGCAUCAUGAACACAGUUAAAGAUCUUCUCACCAACAAAAGCUCUAUAGUUCACGAUAAAGCCAAAGCUUUGCUUGAUAGCUGGAAGCAGAAUGACGAGAGUAAUGUGGUUCCCGAUGAUGCUGAGAUAGAUGAGAAGGUAUGUGAUGAUCAUCAUGACCUUGAGGAUGUAAAUGAAAAUCCUGAUAGUAAACGUGAACAGCCAGAAUGUUCUUCACUAAAUAUAUCUAACUCUGGAGGUAAUAAUAGUGAAGAAAAAAAUGCAGAACCAUCUGUAGAUGAAGUGAAACCAGAAAUAUGUCCAGAAGCUGUGCACCCUGAUGGAAUUGUGGAGUCAACUGUCCAACCAUUAGAUAAAAGUUCAAACCAUGCCUCCCCAGAUCCUGGGCACUCCACUGAUACAUCGAAGCUUAUCAGUGGGAUCAGUUCUGUUUUGGAAAACCCCGCAACACAUAUAUCAGAUUCAACAGGAAUCGAAAGUUCUGGAUCUGCCGUUCCUGAGCAAAGAACACUGGAGAGACAUCUAGAUGUUGCCAACCCAAACGAGGAUAAUGAUGCAAAACAGUUGCCACAGAUCAAAAGCUGUGACAAGUUAGGUGCAACAGACUCUUCCUUCGGCGCUGAUUCCUCAAAUACUGUGGAGUCUAAAGUAGGUGCCAACAUGGAGAAAGAUUUUGAUGCCAAAAAAGAAGACCCUUCUCCAAAAUUAUUUUCUUAUGGCGAUGCUAGAAAACAGGUGUCCGAGGGGAAAGGUGAAAUGGGGGAUAGUAGGUCUUCAUAUCCUUGCAGUAAACUAUCAGUGUCUAACAGUACAGCUCCGGUUGACGUUUUGCAAGAUUCUAGUUUUAGUAAACACGAUCUUGGAAAGAAUGAGGAUCUAACUACUAAUUUGUCAGGGAAAGAGGACACUGAGGCAAUUGAAGAAUCAAAUGAUCAAAGUGAUACUGAUGAAGAUGAGGUUGAUUUGGGAAAUGAUUAUGGAUUUUCCAUGUCAGGAGUCAAUGUGAAAGAUUCUGUUGACAAGAAGUCUGAUUUUGAACUUGAGUAUAGCAUGUUUGACCCAUUAGAGGUUGCUCGACAAGUCGCCAUGGAGGUGGAGAGAGAAGUGGACUGUAGAGAACCAAGUUGUAGUUCUUCUGAGAGAACAUCUGGUGGUAGAAUGAGGCUGGCAGAGAGCCCGGAUUCUAUACAUGGUAAAAAUUCUAGAGUGCAUAACUCUUAUAAAGAUGUGUCAGUUGGAACACAUCUUUCUGCUGUUGUACGAGAUGAGGCUUUUGUUAAGGCCAAAAACCAAGCUAGUGAACAGGAAAAUUGCACAGUUGAUGCUGAGCCCUCUGGGGCUACUGAGGUGGAUCAGACAACGGAACCUGUCAAAGAUAAACGUGUAUGUGGUUUUGAUCUUAAUGAAGAAAUGUUAUCUGAUGAUAAUGAAAUCAGCCCAGUCAGUGCUCCCAUCUCUGUUGUUUCUGCUUCAAGGGCUGCAGCGGCUUCUGGCUUGCCUCUUUCUCCUUUGCAGUUUGAGGGGACACUUGGGUGGAAAGGAUCCGCUGAAACUAGUGCUUUUCGUCCUGCUCCAACACGCAAAGUAAGUGGUGGAGAGAAUUUUAUCCUCGCAUCAGGGAGUAGUAGCAACUUGUUUCAGCGGCAGCAAUUCCUCGACUUUGAUCUGAAUGUUGCGGAGGAUGAAGAUGAUAAGAUUUCAGAGUUGACGCCAAAUAAAGAUAUCCAAAAUUCAACUGGUUGUCCUUCUGAAAAAUGUUCCUUGGAAACUAGUCCAAAAAAAUCUGACUUGUCGCACCUGGAUCUAAACCGUGUUGGUGACGGAAGUGAUGUUCCAAUAUCCAACUGGAAGAAGGAGACACGGCUUCUUCCACUUUGGCAUGGUCAAUUCAGUCAAUCUCCUUCCUCAUCAUCGUCGUCAAUGCAACCUUCAUUGAAAAACUUUGAUUUGAAUGAUCAACCAUCUCUUUUUACUCCAUAUUUGGAUCCUGCUUCAGUGGGCAGGUCAUCUUCAGAUUUUUGUACUUCUGGAUCUGGAGGGGUUAAACCAGAUAAGUCUGUUAUUUCCCUCAUGGGUGCCAGGGUGGAGGUCAAUCAGAACGAAAUUGUUCCUCAAACAGGUCCCUUGUCAAACAGCAGAUUUGUGAAACAUGCACUAGAUGGAAGUAUGCCAAGCAAUGACAGUUAUUUGGGGUUGGGAUCAUCUACGCAAUAUGCACAUUCUUCCACGUAUGGGUACAAUGGCCGUUCAUCGGGGUCUGGUGUACCAUUUUCAUCACCCAUGUAUGGCCUUGGCAGUCAAUUCCCUUACAUGAUGGAUUCAAGAGGAUCCCCUGUUGUACCUCAGGUUCUAGGAUCUGUGCCAGCUCUUCAUCCUUCCAUGUCGCAGCCAUCUUUCUUUAUGAGCUUGGCUAGUGCACCCUCCGAAUAUAAUGGGUUUGUCCCUUCCAGAAAUGGUCCAGAUCUGAACUCUGGAUUAAUGAUGGAUAGGGGAAACAGAGACGCGAGUACGAGGCAGCUAUUUAACCCUGGUCACGGAAUAUUGAUAGAUGAACAAAUGAGGGCCAACUCACAAUCCACUUCUAGUUCUGGUGUUGGUGGAAAACGUAAAGAAACAGAUGGCGGCUGGGAUCUCUACCCAUUCAACUACAAACAUCAUCAGCCACCAUGGAAAUAAGGUUAUAUAUCUCGACACCCGCACUACUACAGAGUUUAGGGAACAGAUGAAAUAGGCUAGUGCUUGCGUAGCCAUAGAUCCAAAGAUCGGGGGUGAGCAAACUGAAUUUAGUUGGAACGGGGCAGAAGCUGUGAAACAGUGUAACUGAAUAAAGACUGAGAAAUUAUAGAUGAUGUGUACUUUAUGAGGUUACUUGCUACAUAGAUAGAGAUUAUGUUUAUAACUGAAAAUUGAUAUAUUUCUUGUUUUGUGUUCUUGUUUGGUGGACGUUGCUACAGUGCACAACAUGAUACAAUUAGCUGUAAUGUAUGUCCUUCCUAUAUCACAGAAAGUUGCUAGCAUUUUUGUUCCUGUUGUA